ACUUGUUCUUCCCCUCAUUUGUUUAAAAUUGUUGCUCAUUUUAGAUUAACUAUCGUUCGAAUUGGCACGACCGGAUGUCAUUCUGCAGCUCGACAUCCGGUCAAAUACUGGUGAGAUGCUAAUGUUAGCUUAGCGAGCUUGAGUGCAACAACUUUUGUCGUUGCGUAUUCAGAGGUUGUUUUUCUGCCGAUUAAGUUGAAUGCAUUCGUUUGAGCAAUACUCCGAGCUGUGGGUUUUUAUUUUAUUUUAUUUUAUUUCCGCCCUCAUGUUGGUCUUCUGUUUGCCUGACCUCGAGAGAGGUAGCCUGGCAUAAUGAAGACGGAAUAUUGAUGCGGUUCUCCAUGCUUCUCACUGUUGUCCUCAAAGAAAAAUGGCUUCAUCAAGUCAAAGAAACGCUGAGAGUCCGUAGAAAUGUAACGCCACGGAAGACCCAUCAAGACAAGUCUCCAGGUGGCCCAAAAGAAAGCAACCGCCAGUUAACACAGAAAGUACAGCAGGAUAUGACGCCAUGGAAGAGCCACCAAGAAAAAGAAUCAAGAGAGCAAAGAAAAAGGCUGCAACUGAUAAGAUGGAGAAAACAACAUCAAAAGGUAGAGUACAUUGCAAAAGGAGAAGAGUCAGUCUAUCGCACCCAUGUUUGCCCAGAGUGUCGCCGCUGCUUCACCAUGAGAUCCCACCUGACCGUGCACCUGCGGCUCCAUUUUCCCGACCCUAGUCUGCAGUGUCCCAAAUGUAAACGCCACUUCACCAGUAAGAGCAAGCUCCGUGUGCACCUGCUGCGUGAGGCGGGUGAAAAGGGUCACCACUGCGACUUGUGUGACUAUUCCGCUGUGGACCGGAGCUCGAUUCGCCGACACAUGAUCACGGUGCACGCAGAUGAGGCUGAGGAUGAAACAGGCAGCUGCAGCUUUCCUUGUCCCACCUGCGGUCAAGUCUUUUAUCAGAGCAAGUUGCUGAAAGCUCACAUGAAGACACACAGCAGUCAGCCACACCGAAACAGUCAAGCCUGCUUUCAUGACGGUUGUUCUUUCCAGAGUUCCGCGCCCAAACUUCUUCUGAAACACAUAUCUGAUGAGCACUCCAUCAGUCCCGUCGAGUGUCGGCAUCACGCUUGCACCACCAUUUUCCCAGACAGCAGCAGCAUGGAGGCGCAUUAUCAAACCCACCUGGCUUAUCACUGCCAGCACUGUGACUUUUCCUGCGCCAACAAAUCCGCUUUCCUCCAGCACAAGCGUCACGGCCACGCAGGCACGGAUGAACUGACCUGUGACUUCUGCACCUUCGUCACCUUUAACCCUGUGGAGUUUGAGCAGCACGUGGGACACAUGCAUGCUAGCGAGAAGAUCCACCGCUGCUCCCAGUGCAACUACAUGACUCCACACAAACGGGGCCUGAAGAGACAUAUGCAGCUGCACACUGCCGAGAAGCCUCACAAGUGCAGCCGCUGUGACUUCAGGUGCAGGGACGUUUAUUACCUCUCCAAACACAUGCUCACUCACUCAGACGCCAAGAAGUUCAUGUGCUCCGAGUGUGGAUAUGUCACUAAGUGGAAGCACUCUCUCAGCGUUCACAUGAGGAAGCAUGCUGGAGACCUCAGGUAUCACUGUGACCAGUGCCCCUACCGUGCCUACCGUUUGGACCAGCUCAAAAGCCACAAACUGCGGCACCAAGGCAAAUCCCUGAUAUGCGAAGUCUGCGCUUACGCCUGCAAACGCAAACACGAGCUUCGCAAUCACAUGUUGGCCAAACAUUCAGCGGAUGGGAAGGAGGUGUCUCUUUUUAAGUGCAGAUACUGUGCCUACUCUUCUUCUCAUCAGCAGGCACUUCGAAACCAUGAAAACUGUAAACACACCAAACAGAAGGAGUAUCAGUGUGCCCUGUGUGUUUAUUCGUCCUUCAGCAGUGUUGGGUUUUUCCUGCACAAGAGGAAAGCUCAUGGCUAUGUGCCAGGAGACAAAGCCUGGCUUGAGCACUACAAAGCAAGAGAGAAGGAGAUGCGCUCCCAAGCGUCCUCACAGGACUUCUACUGCGAACCAUCAGUUCAACAGUUGCCUGAAGAGCCUUCUGUUUCAGCAGAUCAAGACAGGAAUGGAGAAUACGUCAGCCAUUCACAGGCAGCAAAUGUUUUGGAUGUUGUGUGUCAGGAGAUUGUUGAUGACAGAAUUCCAUCAGUGAGCAGCCCGGAGUACUGCACUCUGGUUCUGACAGCACUUCCCACUGCAGACUACGCCAGUCAAUCGUUACAAAAUGAGCCGUCUGGUGUCAUGGGUAAUGGCUUUGAGACGUCCCAAGCUGACAAGUCUCCCAGUACAUUAGUGGAAGAGGAUGCUCGCACGUCAGACGCAUCUGAAAGUGACUCACAAAACCGAAAAUGUUUGUCUACUCUAGCGUCUCCAGAGAAGAGUCUGAAUUACCUGAGGAAGUAUGACAGAGAUCAGGCAGAUGCCAUGGUGAAGGAGGGAAGGGUGCAGAUGCUAGUGGUGCCAUCCUCGGAUGUUUUUAGAUGUGACAAGUGUCCAUUUGUGGGCAGACGUGAGGACUUAAAGAACCACCGCUCUUUGUGUCGUGGUAGAAAACCAGAGCGUGAAUGCCAGACCUCCAGUGCUCAGUUCAAACUGCAUUGUGACCAAGAAUGCCACUUUGAAAAAAGGUGCCCUGCCACAAUGAACAGCAACUCCAGUCAAGUUGUGACAAAAGAUGCCGGUCAUGAUGAUGUCAACCAAGUGGACAGAGGUGUUGAUUCAGAACAGGUCGAGAUCCCACAAAAGGAGAAUAGUUUAAAUGCAUUUGAACCACAGAUGAAUCAGCAAAACAAAGGAGAAGACAGUAAAAAAUGUUUGUUACGGCGUCGCACCAAGCUCACGCUGGACAAGUCAGAAGGGCAGUGCAAAACCUUCUCGGAGGAAAAGUUGCCUUCAAGACCCAAACGAACAAACGCGGGCAAAAGGCGGACAUACUCCUCAGUGGAUGGAAACUUCAAAUGCAGAUUGUGUGAUUUUUCUUCACUGAAGCUGGUAACACUCAGGCAGCACAUUUCAAACUGCCAUCAGGAAAGUCGUCUGGCAGAGGAAACCCAUCCGGCAGGCAGCGUGGAUGAUGCAAAUGCAGAAACGCUUGGUUGCAAAGUUCUUAAAAAGUCUUCGACUCAUCGUAAGCUGAGCCAUGAAAAGCAACUCGAUGGUACAAAAGCAAAGACUCUGAAGUGCCACAACUGCGCUUUCACGUGUAAGCAAAAGCGAAGCAUGGCCCAACAUGUGGCACUCAAACACUCGAGUUCCAAACCUUUCAGCUGCCCCCACUGUCCUUUUACCACAAGGAGACGCUAUGUUUUGGAAAACCAUAAGACUCUUCAUACUGGACUCGGCCGGUUAAGGUGCGACUUGUGUGAUAAGACAUUCAGGACCACCACUUUGUUGAGCAAACACAAGUUGCGCAUCCAUGAGAAGCGCCCAACCCUGCAAUGUUCCCUCUGCGAAUACAGUGCGUACACAAGCUUUGAUUUAAAGCGGCAUGAACUCCGAUGCCACACCGGGGAGUUGCGUCACGUGUGUGCACGUUGCAAGGCAGGAUUCAGCAGUCAAUUUGCGCUCAGAAAUCACUGUAAUCGUGCCCACCAACCCCAGACCAUCUUCUCUUGUAAGCAAUGUGACUACAUCUGUAACACAGAGGAAGCACUGAAGAACCACCAACAACACAAACAUUUACAGCUGAAAUGUACCACUUGCCACCACUCGUUUGUCACAAAGGAACAGUUAGAGAUCCAUCGGAAGACGCACGUGGCUCAUCAUUGUCAGCUUUGCCCCUUUGCCUGCAAAACAAAAAAGCUGCUAGCGAAGCACCUUUCAGACAAACAUGAGGAUGGCUCUGCUUCGGAAAACGCCCUCAAAUGUAGCAGUUGUGAGUUUUCAUCUGGGCACCAGCUGGUGAUGGAGCAGCACCUCCGCUCACAUGGCGGCAAGAGGCUGUACAAGUGCACCGACUGCAAGUACUCGACAUGGAACAAGCAGAAGAUCACAUGGCAUAUUCGCAUUCACACGGGGGAGAAACCGUACAGCUGCACGCAGUGCCGCUAUACCUGCACUGACCCUUCUAGACUCAAGCUCCACAUGAGGGUCCACCAGGAAGAGAGGAUGUAUCUUUGUCCAGAGUGCGGCUACAAAUGCAAAUGGGCUACUCAACUGAAGUGCCACAUGACCAAACACACAGGUGAGAAGCCUUAUGCCUGCGACAAGUGCGACUACCGCAGCAACCGAGCCGAUGCCCUGCGAGCCCACAAGGUCACUCAGCACUGCGACGUCCGCCUCUACGUCUGUGAGAAAUGCGGCAAGGCCUUCAAAACCAGCUUCCUGCUGAAGACCCACCAGCGUCAGCACACCGAUGAACGGGCGUACACCUGUGGACAGUGCCACAAGUCGUUCCGCUGGCCAGCCGGCCUCAGACAUCACUACCUCUCCCACACCAACCAGCAGCCCUUCAGCUGCAGACACUGUAAUUACAAGGCAAAGCAGAGGUUCCAGGUGGUGAAACACCUGAAGAAGCAUCACCCAGGCAGGACAGUGGAAGACGGGGUGGUGAAGGACUCUGAGGGCAGUGGACUAACUCUGAAGGAAGCUCUGCAAGGGGUGCCAUUCCAGCAGGAGCAGCAAGCAGAUGGAAUUGGUGGUCCGAUACAGGAAUGAAAGGAAACUUAAGAGUACAGUGGAGUGUGUCAAGAUAUUAGUUCAAAAUAAAGUUUUUAUCUGUCUUAGAGCAGUUCCAGUGUAUCCUCGUAACAAGGUAACAAAGUCAUUCCAUCCACAUCUCUCAUGUCAAUAGGGAAAGAGGCUGGUAAGUGCACUGGGUAUGGAGCAGGAAGUCACAGGUUAGAUUCCCAGUGAGGACAACUUUGUCCAACAUUUAGCAAUGAGUUUCUAUAAACUUUGACAGACAU